AUGAUGAGUGUAUACAGUACGUGGCAAUUUGAACAAGUUGUCGCUAUCAUCACAGGCCUAAACGGAUGCGCAAAUAUGCGAUGUAAUUCUACACAGCAUUUGCGAACGUUUGAAGUUGAUUUUUCGUAUAAGGAGCAUGGCGAGCGGAAGAGGGAGUUGGUGAAGGUGCGGUUGUGUUAUCAAUGCAGCAUAAAGUUGAAUUGGAAGUGGAUACGGCGGGCUAAGAAGAAAGGAAGGGAAUUCCGUAUUAAGAAGGAUGAGGAAGAAAAUGAGGAAGACGAUACUGUUAUUGAUAUCACUGAGGAAGAUAGUCGGGUGAAGGAAGAGCCUGUUGAAGGUGGUGAGGAUGCUGAUGAUGUCGAUGAGAACGACAAGGAAGCUCUGAAGGUUCUCGAAGAAAGAAUGUGGAGAAAUGACGGGCAAGCAGGCGUUGAUAAUGGAGAAGAAAAACGCGCUAAUGAAUUUGAAGAUUACUUCAAUGAACUUUUCCAAUAA